AUGAUGGGCAGAGUAAAUGUCUGCGAUUGGGCCGUGGCGCCUCUCGUCACGGGGCCCGCCGUGGGGCGUGGGGAGGGCGCUGCUGGGGGCGGUGUGGGUGGUGGGAUGGGCGGGGCUGUGCGCGUGGGUGGUGUGGUUCGCGCACACGCAGGCCGUCAAUCCGCGGGAGGAGGCGAUGCGCGGGUGGUGCCACUUGCGCGUGCUCUACCUCUAUCAGCGCCUGCUCUCGUUCGUCUCGCGCGUGCAGGAGACGUCAGCGCUGCUGCGCUCACCGCCCGCACUGAACUCGUCCGAAUGUCAGCGCUGCUGCGCGUGUUGAGCGGGUACGGGCCGCGCACGCAGCAGCACCAACCUGAUCUCUUGGGGCGUGAAGGGGUUGCAUGCAUGUGUGUAUGUGUGGGUGUGCGUGUGGGCGUGGGUGUGCGUGUGGGCGUGCGUGUGGGCGUGCGUGUGGGCGUGGGUGUGCGUGUGGGUGUGCGUGUGGGUGUGCGUGUGGGUGUGGGCGUGGGUGUGCGUGUGGGUGUGCGUGUGGGUGUGCGUGUGGGUGUGCGUGUGGGUGUGCGUGUGGGUGUGGGCGUGGGUGUGCGUGUGGGUGUGCGUGUGGGUGUGCGUGUGGGUGUGCGUGUGGGUGUGGGCGUGGGUGUGCGUGUGGGUGUGCGUGUGGGUGUGCGUGUGGGUGUGCGUGUGGGUGUGCGUGUGGGUGUGGGCGUGGGUGUGCGUGUGGGUGUGCGUGUGGGUGUGCGUGUGGGUGUGCGUGUGGGUGUGGGCGUGGGUGUGCGUGUGGGUGUGCGUGUGGGUGUGCGUGUGGGUGUGCGUGUGGGUGUGCGUGUGGGUGUGCGUGUGGGUGUGCGUGUGGGUGUGCGUGUGGGUGUGCGUGUGGGUGUGCGUGUGGGUGUGCGUGUGGGUGUGCGUGUGGGUGUGCGUGUGGGUGUGCGUGUGGGUGUGCGUGCACUGCGCUACAAUCCUGCCGUCAGCCUGGACCUAGAGAGCCUCACCCUAGGGACGCUCGUCUUGCAAGUGGCACUGGUGGAGCACAUUACAGGCAUGGUCAUCAAGUCACCUCUGGGGCUGCCCUCGCCUCGCAAGCCGCACUACAUCGUCAACUUUCUCCCCGGAUACGCCUACGUCGCCGAUCUCGAGGCCUUCAUCGAUUUCUCCGCCAUGGUCUCCCCGUCACUCCUCUCCUCCAUUCUCGGUGGCAACUCCGUCUCGUUGCCGCCUGUCUUUUUCAACGGCGACCUGGGUGUGGGCACUGGUGAGCUAAGCUGUGUCCGUGGGCCCAACCCGCGUGUGGGCACUGGUGAGCUGCGUGUGGGCACUGGUGAGCUGCGUGUGGGCACUGGUGAGCUGCGUGUGGGCACUGGUGAGCUGCGUGUGGGCACUGUGAUCGUGGUGCCUAUAUUCCGCCAUCUCGUCCCCGAGAACGCAACACUGGAGCAGCGGAGGGCGAGUGUGAGUCCCACCGCAUGGGUCGACCUCAGCUAUAUGGGCAACGAGCUGCAAGACGUCCUUCACCUGCUGCAUAACGCCCAUGCAGACAGCAGCGCGAGCUCCUAUUCUAUCGCCCUGUACGACACCACCGACCCGCAGCAGCCCAUUCAGGUGCUUGGCCCUGAUCCAGUCAAGCUGGAGAGUGGGUCCCUCUUCCCGUAUGUGCUGCCCGGCCCUGUCGUGCCUUACCCCAAGCACAUCGAGCGUUUUCCUGAGGACUUGCUCGGCCGCAAAUAUGAGGCGCACUGCAGGUGGGACCUGGUUGUUGCUCCCAUGCUGCUGGGAUUGCUGGUGCUUCUGGUGGCUGUGUUAAUUUCCACUGUGAUUUUGGUUCUGGCAUGGAAGCAGCGGCAGAUGGAGGAAGGGGUGAGGGAGAUGCAGCUUUGCACGGCAGCGUUGGAGAGAGCUGAGAAGUCCAAGAGUGAGACCGUGGCCAAUACGUCCCAUGAGCUGCGCACGCCGCUCAUAGGCGUGAUAGGCAUGAUAGAGGAGCUGCUGGAGUCUCAACUGGAAGAGUGGCAACGUGAGGAUCUAAGGAUUGCGAGGGCGUGUGCGGGCGAGACGGUGGAGCUCAUCAACCGAGUGUUGGACCUCGCCAAGCUGCAGGCAGGACGGCUGCAACUCGAGACUCUCCCCUGCUGCCUGCACAGCAUUAUGCACGAGGCAACUUCAGCCACUUCUGCCCCUUCAGCAGUUGAUGAACCGAUAGCACCGGGAAAGAACCUGCAAGUGACAUGCCACGUGGAGGAGAGUGUGCCGGAUGUCCUCAUGGGGGAUCCUACUCGCCUGGCGCAAGUCGUUGAAGAGCUCACAGCCCACGCCACGCGCAACGCUGCUGCUGCUGGCUGUGUGGCCUUCCAAGACAGCUGCAUCCGUCCCCCACUUCUCUUUGAGUCGACUCAGAAAUCGCCACCCCACGCCGUGAGCAACGCUGCUAGUGGCCGGGUGUCCUUCCACGUCUGCUGCAUCCCUCCCCCGCCUCUUUUUGAGUCGACUAAUAACUGUGUCUGUCUGACUGUCCCCUUAAACCGACUCUCCCAUGCAGCCCACGCUCUGUCUGCUUGUGUGCGCCGCUUCCCACCUUCCACCCAUCUGGCACGCCUGCCUCAGCGCCACAUUGCAAGAGGCAACAGGGGGGGGGCAGGGCAGGCAGGGGGCUCUUCUGAGCCGCCUCACAACUCGCCCCUCACCCACCUCUCGCGUUUUCGCCGGCGCAUGGGCGCUUCAGGCACAGGGGGUUCAAAGAAAGCAAGCGGGAAGGAGGGCGAGGAGGGGGAGGAGGCACAGGGUGGGAGUGGGCAUGGGCGGUUGGAGGAGGAGGUGAGGGAGUGGGUGGAGGGAGUGUGUGCGGCAAGAGAGGAGGGAGAGUGGAUCGUGGUGAUGUCGUGUGAAGACUCGGGUGGUGGUAUACCACCCGAGGAGCUGCGGUGGGUGCUGGAUCCGUACGGGGACUCGCACCACGCUGCAGCUGCAGCACACUCCUCCUCUCAUGCUCCUGAGGCUGCUGCUGGUUCCGGUGGCGGUGAUGGCUACCAAGAGGAUGACCAAGGCAUCAAGGAUACGUUCUUCCCCCACCUCUUCAGUCGCCGGGGCAGCAGGGCAGCAGCAACUGCCACUCUCACGCACGACCAGAGGUCCGCUGCCCGCCCCCGCUGGACGCCCUACCCCGUCCGCUUCCUGCUCUCCACCGCGCUAGUGAGUGCCACCGCCCGCCUUGUGCUGCUUGUGUUGUACCUCCCCCAGCUGGCCCCCGCUGGACGCCCUACCCUGUCUGCUUCCUGCUCUCUACUGCUCUUCCACUCCUCCUUUCUCCCCGAGAAGGUGGCUGAGGCGAGGGGAGAUAUGGCAGUGACUGAGAUGAGGGGAGACAUGGCCGUGACUGAGAUGAGGGGAGACAUGGCCGUGCUGUCACACGCCGCCACAGGCACCACCAUUCUCACCUUGUCUCUCCACUGCUCCCCUUCUUCCCAAUACCCCCCCUUUCUCCCCCCUCGCAGACAUGGCCGUGCUGUCACACGCCGCCACAGGCACCACCAUUCUCACCUUGUCUCUCCACUGCUCCCCUUCUUCCCAAUACCCCCCCUUUCUCCCCCCUCGCAGGUGACUGAGAUGAGGGGAGACAUGGCCGUGGCUGAGAUGAGGGGAGACAUGGCAGUGCUGUCACACGCCGCCACAGGCACCACCAUUCUGCUGGCUCUGCCCAUGGGGGGAGGGGAGGACAGCGGCAGCUUCGAGGAUUGGGGGGGAGAUGAGGAGAGUGGGGGUGAAAGGGAUGGGUGUGGGUCAGGGUGUGACGGGGAGUCUGUGGAAUUUGCGAGUGCUGCAAUGCCAGUCGUGCUGGGAUCUGGAGAGGCGGACAGGGUAUCGCCAGCAGUGGCGGCAGCGCCACCAGAGGAGGGGGUGUUUCCACCACGGUCGCAUUCGCUCCCGAAACCCCGCUCCCACAGGGACGGCAUGGGAGACGCUGAGGGGGGGCAGGUUCGUGCAGGGGCGGCGUGUGAAACUGUAUCAGGCCGGCAGAUAACGCGAGCACAAUCUCUCCAACAGCUGCACAAGCUGCACACGGAGCGUGCAGCAGGGGAGGCGGAGGGGUUGGUGAGAGCAGCAGUGGCAGGGCGGGGCGUGGCGGUGGUGGAUGACAACGCGGUGAACCGCAUGGUGGCAAGGAGAACGCUGCAGGGCUACGGGGCGAAUGUGCUGCUGCUCCCCUCAGGGGAGGAGGCGCUGCAGGCGCUCUCUGAUGCUGCGUCCUCCCCGCCCAUCCAGCUGUUGCUGCUCGACCUCCACAUGCCGCCCGGCAUCGACGGAUUUGAGACGGCUCCUGACUUGGAUGUAGGCGUGAAGCGAGCGUGCUUGGAGGCCGGGAUGGAUGGGGCAGUGAGGAAGCCGAUUGUGGCUCAGGAGCUGCUCUCAGCGCUCAUAACAGCCGGCGUGGCACUGGCUGCUGGCUUGGAUGUGGGAGUGCAGCAAGCAUGCUUAGAGGCAGGGAUGGACGGGGCGAUGAGUGGUGAUGUUGGGAGAGCAGUGGAGUGGGCCCUUGCUGGGGGUGCUUGUCUGGUAUGA